AUGCGUCCUCUUACGACGCAAGAAACGGCAAAACUAGCUUCUUUGUUCUGCUCACUCUGGUUCAUCGCGAAUUGGGCUGUUAAUGCAUCGCUAGAUUAUACCAGCGUCGCUAGUGCAACCAUCUUAUCCAGCAUGAGCGGGUUCUUCACCUUGGGUAUCGGCCGGGUGUUUAACGUGGAGACGCUUACUUUUAAGAAUGUCUGCGCCGUUCUAACGAGUUUUGCAGGAGUGCUUCUUGUUUCAGUUUCGGAUUCGUCGCAAUCUGUUGCAAGUGACGAAACCGCACCACAUGCCAUCCUGGGGGACACCUUGGCACUCAUCUCUGCCGUGUUUUAUGCGCUUUAUGUCAUUUUGCUCAAAGUAAGAAUAAAGUCGGAGUCUCGAAUCGACAUGCAACUCUUCUUUGGGUUUGUGGGUCUUUUCAAUAUACUUGCUUGUUGGCCUAUCGGAAUCUUGCUCCACGUUGCGGGUGUGGAAAACCUAGAAUGGCCAAGUAGUAGCAGAGCAGUCACUAUUUUACUCAUUAAUGUGCGUAUGGCAAUUACUUGGUCAAGCGAUUACUUAUACGUGCUUGCAAUGCUAAAGACCACCCCGUUGGUUGUUACCAUCGGUCUCAGUCUUACGAUCCCGCUCGCGGUGAUUGGGGACCUAUUCCUGGGCAACUUGGUACGCGCCAAAGUUGUGGUUGGAGCUAUUAUGGUCUUCCUUGGUUUCCUCAUAGUCGGAAUGGACAAGAACAAUACUGAUGGGGAACACAUACUCUUGGAAGAGACUGCGGAUGGAGAAUAG